UGCAACUUAUUACAGUUAUUUAUUUGAAUUUCCCAUAUCAUAUCGCUCAAAUAAAAAAAGCUGUGGUGGCUAAAGAUAAUAUUCCCCCUCUCCCUCAAAAGAUACAGACAACUGAUGCCCUGCAAAUUAAGGAUGCUUUGACGUAAGUUUUUUUAUUAUUAUUUUAAAGCCAGUCUAAGCCUUUCAUCCUUCUGAGGUUGGUAAAAUGAGGACCCAGAUUGUUGGGGGCAAUAUGCUGACUCUGUAAACCGCUUACAGAGGGCUGUAAAGCCCUGUAAAGCGGUAUAUACGUCUAAGUGCUCUUACAAAGGUUUUUAAUUAUGAAGCCAAUUUUAGGAAUAUGACUUUUUUCAGAGCUAUGGAACAACAGCUCCAGGCCACAUAAAUGGAAGAAGCAACAUCUAAAGCAGAGGUGUCCAACCCUGGCAACUUUAAGACUUAUAGAUUUCAACUCCCAGAAUUCCAUUCUAGAUUUCAACUCCCAGCCAUUUUCCCAUGCUGGCUGGGGAAUUCUGGGAGCUGAAGUCCAUAAGUCUUAAAGUUGCCAAGUUUAGACACCCUGAUCUAUUCUAAAGUAUAGGUGAUUAGUCAGAUCCAUACUUAACACGCCACUUAAGGCAAGCCAAUUACUGAAAGCAAAUUUAAGAGAUCCUCAAAUAUAUUCCGGGUUGUCCGAUUCCCCCCCUCUCCUUCCACACACACACUUUUCCGGAACUCCCGUUUGUUAAGCUAUUGGUUUUACUGGUCAAGCUACCAUGGGCGGAGUGGAGCGAAUGCUUUUACAUUGAUAUAGGAUCCAGCGAGAAGAACGUCAGCUCGCCCUACGAAAGGCAGAGAAGCGAUCCUGUUUCUUUUAGAUACCUCGGGAUGUGUGUUUUAUCUAAAUCGAGGCAGAUUGGCCGCUAAUUUAAAGGGAAGCCGCCCGCCCUACCGGAGGCGCAGGUCGGAAGCGUCUCUUUAAAGGUGUAGCUCAGCCGGUCUGAAUUUCCAGAGGCAGAUCUGUUUUCCUUGCCCCACCUCCCCGGCACGAGAAAACUUUGUCCGGCGAGAGGAGCCGCCGAAGAAAAACUGUCCGAGAGCCGCGGCAGACAAAAGAAGGAGGCGGCGGCGGCGGAACGACGUGGCUGGAGCUGGAGGAGAAGGCUGCGCUUUCCCCGAGCCCCCCCAAGUCCCCACCGCGGCGGCUCGCCGGCACUGCGCGUCGUGGGCGACUGGAGCCGCAGGGAGUGGAACCUCGGGGGCUGGCGGGCAGGCGGGCGGCCGCUCGCCCGGGAAAUGUGCGAGCGUCUGGCAUCCGCGGCUCCGGCUCUCUCGCGCCUUUGGACGUAGGUUUGCAGGGAGCCGAGCUGCAAGACUUCGCCUUUUGCUCCGCGUGAUCCGGAGGACGCCUUCGAAAGCGACUCGGAAGCCAACCGAGGUGGGCUGAUGGAUGCCCGUUGCUGCUGGUGGUGCCGGCGGUGCCGAGGCGCGGGUUAAAGCGGGGAAGCUCAGCGGCCAGGCGACCGUCGGUGCGAAGGAUGCCCGGGUUGAAGCGGCUGCUUAGAGUCAGGCUGGGCUGCCGCCGAUGCUCCGCUGCCCAGUGCCUCGUCUGGGGAGCGUGCUGGGCGGUAGGGGGCGGCCUCUUCGCCUUCUUCUUCCUGGCGCACGGGGGCGUCUUCUCGGGCCGAUGCACGGACGAGCAGAGUCGCCGGAUCCUGGCCAAACUGUGUUUUGACUACGGGACGGGCAUGUUGACCGGGGAUCUUUGUGAAGACUUAUGUGUGGCCCAGACUUUGACCUAUAAACGCUGCCUUUAUUAUGACCAGGGGAAAAAGGUAAUCCAAGCUGACUGGAGAGGCCGCCCUGUGAUCCUAAAAUCAAAAAAUGAAAUAUUUUCUAGCUACCAUGGUCUUGGCUUUUUGGAAGAAAUGGAAUCACAGGGAAUUGCAGAAACAGAGCUACUUCUGAUGGUUGCUUUGGAAGUCAAGAACACAUUGGGUUUGGAACUUCCUAACAAAACUGUGGGACCCUUGUGGAAAAGAAGAGGCCCACAUUGGAAAGCACAGCUGGCUAGUUUGUGGUCUUUACUCCAACAGGAAGAGUACAUUUAUUUUAGUGUUUUGCAGGACAUCAGUAAACAUGUUCUAAGGGUUAUCGGUUCUUGUGGCCAUUUUUAUGCGGUGGAAUAUCUGACAGCCGGACACGCGUGGCACAGUACACUUUUCUCCGUGGAAGAUGCCAUUGGUGCUUCCCUCUCUGGGAUUAAACACAAGGCCGAAGCCAUAGUCCAAAUUGCAAUCAGCUUCUUGGAUAUGGUGGAUCAUUUUGACAAUGACUUUUCUUAUCCUCUUCAUCUCUGUGAUAUUAAGCCGGAAAAUUUUGCCAUCCGGAAUGAUCUGACGGUGGUUGCCAUCGAUGUAGAUAUGGCCUUUUUUGAACCUAAAAUGAGAGACAUCCUCCAACAAAACUGCUCAGGAGAUGAAGACUGCGUUUUUUUCGAUUGCUUUUCCAAAUGCGAUCUGAAGAAUGGGAAAUGCGGAGCAGAAAGAGCCAAUACUAACCUUCAGGUCAUCUGUGAUAAAAUAUUUCGCCCUUGGUUCACUCUAAACCUCAGAGGAUCAGCCGUUUCCUUUCCCAGGCAGCUGCAGUUACAGGAGGCUGUGCAGGAUUGUGCACAACCAAGGAUCAAGGCUAUUUCCAACAUCCAGAGCAAUUCUGCAAGUUCUUUUUCUCAGCUGUACCACUUCCUCCAAGUCAGCCAAAAGGAACUUCAGAAAUCUAGUUUAGUAGAUUCAUCUGUUAUGGUUACCCAGAAUACAUAGCCUUUUCUUAUUGUUGUUGCUGAAUUAAAUUAUUCUCUACUUAUUUUUUAUUUUACUAUAUUUUGAAAACCACAACUGAGCUUGCUGUGUGUGUGUGUGUGUGUAUGUAUACACACACACACAUAUUAGAAUGAAAUCUUGAUUUAACAGACUUAUAUUCAGUAGACUUUGGAUACAGUGGACCAAAUUUCUAUUUGGACAGCUCCCUGAAAUAUCAGAAGUCUGUUGCACAUAGAUUUGUUUGUAUUAAUUUACACAGAUUUUAAUUUACAUGAAUUUUAUUUUAAUUUUAUGAUACAACACUUUAUGUCAUUUGCAUAAUGAUACCAAUCACUGUGAAGAUGUACUUUUGAAAUUAUCAGGCAUUGGGAGUAACAAAUAUAUCCUUCUUUCCUCAAAUCGUACAUUUAAUUGAAGUUUAGUUGUAUUAAUUCUUUCUGAAAUGUGGAAAGCAGUAAUAUCAGCCAAACUAAUACAAGACUCAAUCAUUUUUAUUUCAAAGGGAGGAGAAAAAUAGAACAUCUUAGUAAUUUAAUUUUACUUCUAAAAUGAAUAGCUGAGGCUGUAGCUUGAGUGUUUCAUAAACACGCUCAGUGAAGAUCUUUGCAAAUGUAGUGUGUCAUAUUUUAACAAACAGCAGUUUUUAAAUAAAUUAUCAGUUACA